UGUGUCACCGUUUCCUCACCUGAAACUUCCGAGCGGCGCCAGGGCCCUCCCUCCGGCCCGGGGCGGGGAAGGCCGCGGGUGGGGCGGCAGGGGCGGCCGGGCCUGCGCUGGGACGGGCCGGCGGGUGCCUGGGACCCGACCCGAAGGGCGCUGCGGAGGCCAGGCAGCAUGUGACGCCGACCAGGCUCCAGCCCUGAUGGCGGCUGAGGAACCUCAACCCGCAGGAGCCUCAACUUCCAUUCCUGCCAGAGCAGAAUUCCAUGUGAACCCCAAAACUCUCCUGAGAAGCAGCCAGUCCCCAGCCUUGAGACACGAAGCUCAAGACCCACCUUCUGAGCCUUCACGGGGACUCAGCCCUUUGGAGACGCGACCGAGCGAUUUCCAGGAUGUGAGUGACUGUGUAGCAGAGAGCAUGCCCUCCUUCCCCAAGGAAGCCUCCACAGAAGUGGAGACCCACCAGGAAAACCUUGGGACUGAGGCCUGUGACACCCCAGAGUGUCAGGAGGCAGGGUCCCCAAGCCUGGUGAGCAGACAGUCCACAGCCAGGACACUGAUGUUUCCAGAGCUCUGGAUGGAGCAGGACCCUCUUGGUGGGCUGGAGGUACAGUUAACAUCGGAACUCACACCUCUGACACUUGUUUCUGACCAAGAUGAAGAUGAAGGAGGAGGAGGAAGAGAAGAAGGAGAAGGAGAAGUAGUAGCAGCUUCUCCAGACCCCUCUGCUCAAACCAUACUUGAUCCUUCCCAAGAAGGGCAACCUGAUGGGACUCAUCAGCCUAGGGACCCUGAAGGUGCAAGUGUCAGGGCAGGGUUUGAGCAGCCGUGGAUAGGAGGCCAAGAAAGUCAAGAGCAAGAAGAGGCCUGGGGACUGCAGGAGCAGAGGCAAGUAGAGGCGAGGCUUCAGGGAGAAGGGACGUCAGGAGGGGAUGUCUGUGCAGGUGGACUUGUAAGAGAAGAGGAAGGAGGACAUCGUCUAGAGGGAGAGCAGAGGCAGGAGGUGAAGCAGGAGCAAGAUGGCGAGGUGCUUGUGAAUCUCGAAGGAGAGAGAUUCAGUGGGAAAGUGGACAGUGUGUGUGAGGACGGGAAAGGACCCAGAGGAGGCCAGAAGAGAGCUUGGUGGGAGCUCCACAGGAGGAGAAGCAAAACUUAG